CACAAAUGUAAUUAUGUCUUGGAGAGGUCUGUUUGGCGCCUGAAAACUGCUUAACAACAUGUUGGACAAGUGGGGAAGUGUUGGGGUGCAUCAAAAUAUUUUGGAUAAAAGGGAUCCCGAACUGCAAAUACACAAUGGAAAGAGAAAAAGAAUGUAGAAAACUUUAUAUGUAAAACUGGUCUCUCUUGAUGUCUACUGAUUCCACACACUUUAUAUGCAGAAUUCACCCUGUCGCCCUGGAGUAUAAAUCUUAUGGGAAGCCACAUCCAUUUGUUUUCCAGCAUGCUGAAACUGUGCUGAUGCAACUUGCACAAUCAAAUCAUCAUUUCAAAACCCUAUACAUGAUAGGAGAUAAUCCCACAAUUGACAUUGAAGGAGCACGGCAGGCUGGACAUCCUUGGUUUUCAAUAUUGACUAUGACGGGGGUUUUUAAAGGGAAGAAGAAUCAUGAUGAGUUCCCGGCAGAUGUGGUUGUUGACACUGUAGAAGAGGCAGUGGAUUACAUCUUGACAAAGGAAUACACCCCAUAAGGUUUAUACAUCCGAUGCCCAUUUUGCCAUCGAUUGACUUAGGUAUUUAAAUCUUCCAACCAUUACAUGUUGAACGGAUUUUUCAUUUACUUGUUAUUUGAUAUGUGGUGUAUAGACCAUAAUUUUUUACCAACACAAAUUAGGGUUUGAUUAAAACUGGUCAAAUUU